AUGGGUGGCAAUGACAUAGAGUUUCUAGAAAAGGCGCUCGAGGUUAUGCAACAGCUAGAGCGAGAGGGGGAAAGGAGGGGAUAUAGUGGUGACACCCUCGGUAACUUUAUUCUGGAGGGACUUGACGUGUUUGACAGACAAAGACACGAGUCAGAAAGGAAAAAAGUAGAAGCAACGUUAGAAGGGAAAAGGCUAGUGGAAGAAAGAGAAAGACUAGCGUUAGAAAAAACUAAAUUAAAGUUAAGGGGAAUCAUCAAAAAGAGCGAAUUAGAAGACCGGAUAGAAACUGAAAAGGAAAACCUUGGCAGAGACAUUGUGAAUGUGACAUGGAGGCAUUUCGGACGUCACGCAUUCGUUGAAUCUGAAGUGCAGAAACUAGAGCACGCAUCCCAGGAACGCAUUAGAAAGUUGGAGCUAGGAUAUUGGUUAGAGAUUGGAGAGAAACAACAACAAGUCGAAAAGAUGCAAGUAGAGAUAGAGAAAAGGAUAGAGGCGAACAAUCGCCUACUGCAAGAGAUUGAAUCGCAAUAUUACGGGGGACCACCCUUCCCACCAAGUUUUACACCCCAGGAACCAAAAGCCGCAGCAAUCAAGGUUCAAAUGACGGACAAUGAUUCACACGAUGCUGAGAAUUUCAGAACGACUAGCCAGCACACCACAUAUGCCAUAGAGAUAGGGGAUGGUGAAAGCGAAAAGGUUGAUGUUGAGACCGGUUCUGUAGAUGAUGACGGAGAAGAAACGAAAGAGCUGGAUAUCAAAACAGACAGCGAAACCCACCAGCUCCUUGAGAAGAAACCUGUGGUAGAAAGCACCGCAGAGUCCGAGACUCAACAGAAGAAUGAAGAGGUGGAAGUCGAGAAGACACAGUUAACAGUGGAAGAGAAACCACCAGAAAAGAUCUGGAUAAAAAAGAUUCAAGGACAUACUGAUGAUUUUGAACCGGCUCUUCCGCAACCCAGAAAUUCAAUAGAUAAUAAGGAUGAUGAGGACGAAGAGAAUGACGUCACGACAAGCUCGGCAGAUCCUAAUGAAAAAGAAACCAACGAGCUGAAUGGCACAACAGAGAGCCAAACCUACCAACACCCUAGAGAGAACCCUGUGGUAGACAGAAUGACAGAGAAGGACGCUCAGACGAAGCAAGAAGCAGAAGGAAACGCUAGGUCGAAGGAAGAGAACAAUGAGCUAACUGCGGAGAAGAAUCAAACUGAAAAAGUUCGAUUAAAAAUGAUUCAAGAAGAGGUGACUUGA